AUGGGAAAUAAUAAUAGUGCUACUGGUAAUAGUCCCUUGAAAAAACAUAUUGAAACGGCAACAAAAACAGGUGUACUUCAAUAUGAUAAUAAGAAACUAAAGGAAAUAAAUCCUGGUCUUUGUCUACCAGGUUUGCGUAGUUUAUCAUUGAAUGAUAAUGAACUUCAAACAAUUCCUACGGAAAUUAGUUUAAUGGUUAAUUUAAAAAAUUUAAGUCUUCGAAAUAAUCAAAUCGUUCAAUUACCUGAUUGUUUUGGUCAAUUGAAAAAACUUGAAAAUAUUCAAUUAGGUCAAAAUCAACUUUAUACAUUACCAUCAUCAUUUGCAAAUUUAAGUAAUUUAAAACAUAUAACUUUAUCAAAUAAUCGUUUUACAAUUAUUCCUGAAUCAAUACUUAAAUUACAAAAUUUACAAUUACUUGAUUUAUCAUCGAAUCAAAUAACACAAAUUCCAGAUCAAAUUCAAACACUUCAAGUUGAUGAAUUAAAUCUUAAUGACAAUCGAGUGAAUAAAAUUUCGGAUCAUAUUCGUUUAUGUCCUCGUUUGAAAACAUUACGUCUUGAUCGAAAUAAUCUUAAUUUAGAUCUUAUUCCAGUUAGUUUAUUACUUGAUUCAAAUUUAUCAUUACUUUCAUAUGAUGGAAAUCGAUUUGAUGAAAAAGCUUUUCAAGGCAAAGAAGGAUACGAACAAUACAUGCAACGGUUUACAGCUAGUCGACGAAAACUUGAAUAG